GAGAAAAGAACCAAUCCAAAAGCCACACCCUAAACUCUCUCUCUCUCUCUCUCUCGCUCGCUCGCUCGCUCUAAUUUGUCUGUUCAAGUUCUUCUAUGGUGGGAACUAACCCUAAUUCAAUUCUCACCCGCGCUUGGUGGGACACAACCCUAACCCUAAUUCACUGUCCUAGCAUUCUCUGAUGGCCUCCAUGGUCUCGGAAAAGCUUUCGGUUAACAGAGAAACCGCGAGAAACCUCACCACCGCCACGACGAGGGCCAUGCCCACCGAGCUCGCGACCCAGAAGCCGCCGCUCACGAUUCUCGACCGGUUCAGCGCUCUGCUGAAGCAGCGCGGCAAGAUUAGGGUUUCGGCCGGAGAUGACGCCGCUUCGCUGCCAAGCGCUGAAGAAGUCGUUCAGAUUUACGAGCUGUUGUUGUCGGAGUUAACAUUCAACUCAAAACCCAUCAUCACGGAUCUCACCAUAAUCGCUGGCGAGCAGAGGGAGCACGGCAAGGGCAUCGCCGACGCGAUUUGCGCAAGGAUUAUUGAGGUCCCGGUCGAGCAAAAACUUCCUUCUUUAUAUCUUUUAGACAGUAUCGUCAAGAAUAUUGGCCGUGAAUAUGUUAGUUACUUCGCAUCCCGUCUGCCUGAGGUUUUCUGUGAGGCAUACAUGCAAGUUCCCCCUAAUCAGUAUACUGCCAUGCGCCACCUCUUUGGCACCUGGUCAGCAGUGUUUCCACCUUCGGUUCUUCGUAAGAUUGAGGCGCAACUGCAAUUUUCUCCUUCAGUAAACCGUCAAUCAACUGGUUUGACUCCCUUGAGGGAUUCUGAAUCUCCUCGACCAACCCAUGGCAUACAUGUUAAUCCAAAGUAUCUGCGUCAGUUGGAACAUUCAACUGUGGAUAGUAAUAUUCAGGAAGUUAAAGGAACGUCAGCUUUAACAAUGUAUGGUAAAAAAUCAGCCAUUGGAUAUGAUGAGUUUGAUUCUGGUCAUGCAGAGGUUGGAUCCUCCCAAGUUGGAGCCCAAAGAUUGAGCUCAACAGGAAAUGCAGGUCAUGCACCUUUUGCCUUUGGGGCUAGUAAGGUACAUCCACUUUCAACUGCCAGACUUGCAAGGUCCUCUUCCCCUUCAAGAACUGGGCCUGAUAGGUCUUUACCGUUGGGCGUUGAAGAAUUUGCAGCAGACCAUUCUCCUAGAAGGUUUGUUGAUAGGGGCUCUCCAUCUCAUCCUGUUUUUGAGUAUGGACUUGGUAAAGCAACUGGUAGAGAUGAGAAAAUGGGUGGCUGGAAGAAAAAAAACUAUUCGGAUAAUAGUAAGAACUGCUUUGAAACUACUACAGUAUUAAGCCUUAGUAAUGGACAUGAGCACCAAAGACCAAGGGCAUUGAUUGAUGCAUAUGGAAAUGACACAGGGAAGAGAUCUUUUAAUGAUAAGCCUCUGCAUGGUCAACGCCUGGACAUAAAUGGUAUGGACAACAAGGUUGCUCCACCAUCAUGGCAGAAUACUGAAGAGGAAGAGUUUGAUUGGGAAGAUAUGAGUCCCACUUUAGUAGACCGUGAUAGGAGUACUGAUUUCUUGUCAUCAUAUGUUCCACCUCUUGGAAGCUUUAGGGCAAGGCCUGCCUUUGGAGUACAGAAUGCUUCCUCUUUGGAGCCUGAUAACAGGAUCAGUUGGUCUAGUCAGGCUCAGCUCCCUGCAGUGGAUGAUUCUUCUAUAAUUGCUGAAGAUGCAGCCCCCUUACCAAGUUUUGGCCGUGUAUCAACGGGGAAGAUAUCUGGAUUCAGAGCUGAGGGAAAUCAGAUUCUGGAUUCUCGCUAUCCUCAGGAGGCCUGGAAUAUACCUCCCCAUCUCAACAAAGGAAGAGGAAGGAGUUUCCGUAUGCCCUUAUUGGCAAGUGGUAUAUCUUCAUCAGAUGGUGGCAAAAUGUCUCCUCUUAUUGAUAAGCUUCCUGAUGCUGACCCACAACUUUACGGACCCCCAUAUGUUGGGGUAAGGCCUGCUCUAAAUGUGCAGAACUCUCGCCCAUCACCUCUGCAGCCUAGUUUUUCACAGCAGAAACAGAGGGGCCGCCAAUUUGAGUCAAUAAAUGCUAGUAAUAAUGUCAAUAAUCUUGAUUCAAAUGGGUCUUUAUAUGUGCCUGAGCAGCAGUUGGAUAAUUUUGGCAAUAAGCAGCUGAGUUAUACAAAGAUGCCACAAUUGCCUAAUCAGCGUGCAGGACUAAUUCCUCUGAAUCAUCGAAACCAGGUGCAAGUAACACAUUCGCAACCACAAUUUCCACCUCAGGAGGCACAUCCAUCUUUAGCUGCUGUGGUGCAACCAAAUUUAGUGGCACCACCUUUGAGUCAUGGAUACAUUCCACAAGGGCAUGGUGCCACUAUUAGUACAGUUCUGUCAAAUCGUGUACCUGGUGUACAGCAGAUGUUACCUAUUCAUAGUAUCGCUAACAGCUCUUUACAUUUACAGGGGGGAGCCUUGCCACCGCUACCAAAAGGUCCCCCUCCUACUUCAUCACAAAUGAUACCUCUCACACAUAAUGCAGUUCCAGUUGUCUCUAAUCAACAAACAAGCAGUGCAUUUUCUGGGUUGAUUGGUUCUCUCAUGGCUCAGGGUUUGAUCUCGUUGACCAAACAGACCCCUGUACAGGAUUCUGUGGGAGUUGAGUUUAAUGCGGACCUUCUUAAGGUGCGUCAUGAGUCUGCAAUAAGUGCCCUAUAUGCUGAUCUCCCAAGACAGUGCACAACCUGUGGCCUCCGGUUCAAAUCCAAAGAGGAGCACAGUAGUCAUAUGGAUUGGCAUGUAACCAAGAAUCGUAUGUCUAAGAACCGUAAGCAGAAGCCUUCGCGUAAAUGGUUUGUAAGUGAGAGUAUGUGGCUCAGUGGUGCAGAGGCAUUAGGAACUGAAGCAGUUCCUGGGUUUUUGCCUACUGAGACCAUUGUAGAAAAGAAGGAUGAUGAAGAAAUGGCUGUGCCUGCUGAUGAGGAUCAGAAUGCAUGUGCAUUAUGUGGAGAGCCUUUUGAUGAUUUUUACAGUGAUGAGACGGAGGAGUGGAUGUAUAAGGGGGCAGUCUACUUAAAUGCACCCAGCGGCUCAACAGCUGGCAUGGAUAGGUCUCAGUUAGGUCCUAUAGUGCAUGCUAAGUGCCGGUCAGAAUCUAGCGUGGUUUCACCUGAAGAUUUUAGACAAGACGAAAGGGGAAUUACUGACGAGGAUAGUCAAAGAAAACGUACGCGGCUUAGUUAGAUCAACUUCUAUGUUGUGUGUAACUUACAGUGAUUUUCUUCAUGUUAACAGUAUGCUCUUAACUCACUUUUACAGUAGAGUUGGAGCUUGCAGUACCUUGGCUUGAUGCCAGAAUAUUGUACAUGUAUAGUUGGACUUGUACCAAGCAACAUUGUCUUGCAGCAGAGGUUACAAAUUCUCUCGAAUUAUUACC